UCUCUCUCCUUUGUUUCCCAUCUGCUUUCCGAGCCCCUUUCUCAGUCAGUUGACCACAGCAUGUUUGAGAAUUUGAACACAGCACUCACUCCAAAGCUGCAGUCGAGCCGCUCCUUUCCCCACUUGUCCAGGUCUACAGCUCCCAGCUCUGCCACCCUAGGGCCUGGGGAGCCUGGUGGGCCAGGGCUCUGGGUGGGCAGCAGCCAGCAUCUCAAGAACCUAGGCAAAGCCAUGGGGGCUAAAGUCAACGACUUUCUCCGGAGAAAAGAGCCCUCAAGCCUUGGUGGUGUGGGAGUGAUGGAGAUCAACAAGACUGUGGGUGCUGAACUGGCAAGUGGAGUUGACGUGACAUCGGGGGCCUGGCUGGAGGAUGAGCGGUCAGUUCUGCAAGAAGCAUUCCCACGACUGGAUCCUCCACCGCCCAUAACCAAAAAGCGUACCCCUAGGGCCCUGAAGACCACCCAGGACAUGCUGAUAUCAUCGCAGCCUGUCCUGAGUAAUCUGGAGUACAGCACCGAGCUGUCAUCUGGGCAGCCCCAGGACACCUCCCCCACUGCACUUGCUCCCAGAGAGUCUAUUCCAGCAGACAUAUCCCAGCCAGAAGCCACCAUGGAAAUGGCAGAGAAGGAUAAAGCACUGCCUAAUGGAGAAGUGUCCCUGUCAGUUCCUGACCUAAUCAACAAGGACAGCCAGGGUGAAUCCAAGUUGAAGAUGACUGAGCGGAGAAGGGCCUCCUCGCCUGGCCUCAUGGAGAGAAAUGGCCUCAAACUCAGUCUGAGCCCCAUCAGCCUUGCUGAGCCCUCAGAAGAUGGCAGCCCCCCUCCCAGGGCACGGACUUCUAGCCUUGACAAUGAAGGCCCCCACCCAGACCUGCUGUCCUUUGAGUAG